UGUAUGGUCAAGUUGAGUUUACGUUUUAUAUUUCAUAUUACAAUCAUCUUUAGUUAUUUCUUAAUUCACAUUGUAAAUACAACGCAAUAAGCAUGUAUCAAGUUAUAUUCAUAUUAACUAUGUUAGUAAUUAGCAUUGCUGAUACAAAUCCAUUGGAUAAAGAAGCAAAUAUUGAAGAAUUUAAGAAUGACAAUGAUGGCCUCGGAAACUACUUUUUUAGAUUUGUAACAUCAAACGGUAUAACAAGAGAAGAAACUGGACGACUUAUUAAUUCUGGUCAACCUGACGAGCAUGUUGCUGUCGAUGGAUUCUAUACAUAUAAGGACGCUGACGGAGUCUUACAUACAGUUACUUACAAAGCUGACACAAAUGGUUACGUUAUUCUUUCACCUCUACUAACGCCUAUACCAGCCGCACUACCGGAGUCACUCGUAGCAUCUUUAUUGGGAUAAUAAACAUGUUAUUAAUAAUAAAUUCAAUGAUAUAUGCAUGUAAUUAAGAUGUUAAGUUAUUUUAUAUGUAAGCCAGGAAAUAAUUAAGCGAAUAGGUAGGUGCAUUGUGUAUAUAG